AUCUUGUCACAGAAGCAAAGUGGCGGAUUUACGUAAUCGAUGGAUAUGACGUGAAUGGGGUUAGUGCGAGCGUGAGAACCCUGUACUAUAAGAUGGUCAUCCCCUGUACCCCCCUUGUCCACUAUUCUCGAAUCAAGAGUCCCGAGAAAAUGCUGCAUACGUUCCAAACGAUUUUGGACCUUCUGGUCCACAUUCGUCCGCCGUUUGGUUUCACUGUGACACACAUUGUGCAGCUAUUUUUCCAGCUGAUCCCCGGUGCGGGGGGAGAUGUGCCCCGCUUGGAUAUGGAGACGUUUUUGCAAGCGUUCGCCAUCGUAGACGAAGAAGACAUUGAGACGGCCACCACAGAAGUGCUCAUGGCGUGCUACGGCAGGGAGUGGCGAGAAAUCGCUGUGCAGCGGGGACUAGAGGGGGAGCUCUUUUUCAGAGUGCCCCGAAGCUUAGAGGAGCAUACUUUACCGCUAGAAGGUACUGCUCCUUUAAGCUUCGGGGAAGCAGAGCACCUCCUCUACUCCCUGGUGCACCAGUGGAACAGAGCGAGUGCAGCGGGUUGGAGAGAACUCGCUGAACGCUGGAUGGCGAGUCAAAUACCAUUGGAUCCCUGGGUUCUUAUAGAAGACCAUGAAGCACCCAUGUAAACACGUCAGCCAAUAAACGCAUAUCGUCUUUCGCAU